AUGGGCAGAGUAAGUACCAAGAUCAUCUUUUACGAGGACAAGAACUUCCAGGGUCGCUCUUAUGAGUGCAUGAGCGACUGUGCUGAUAUGUCAUCCUACAUGAGCCGUUGUCACUCUUGCAGAAUAGAGAGCGGAUGCUGGAUGAUGUACGACCGUCCAAACUACAUGGGAAAUCAGUAUUUCUUUAGGAGGGGUGACUAUGCUAUGUUUGGCAUGAAUGACUGCAUCAGAUCUUGCCGAAUGAUCCCUAUGCACAGGGGAUCCUUCAGAAUGAGGAUCUACGAGAGGGAGAACUUCAUGGGUCAGAUGCAUGAGAUGAUGGAUGAUUGUGACAACAUCACGGACCGUUACCGCAUGUCUCACUUCCAGUCCUGUCAUGUGAUGGAUGGCCACUGGCUCAUGUAUGAGCAGCCCCACUACAGAGGCAAGAUGUUGUACUUCAAGCCUGGAGAAUACAGGAGCUUCAGAGAUAUGGGUGGCAUGAGAUUCAUGAGCAUGAGGCGUAUCAAUGAUUCUUAUUAUUAA